CCCCCCCAAGUACAAAGCCAAAGACUAUAAGUUCAUAAAGACGGAGGACUUAGCGGACGGCCGUCAGUCGGCGUCGGACGACUACAGCGACCUGAGCGAGGAGGAGGAGGGGGGGGGCUCAGCGGGAGGCCCCGCCCCCCCCCCUCACCUACAGCCGCAGCCGCUCGCAUCGCUGCCAGACCUGCGAGAAGUCGUACAUCGGCGCCGGCGGCUUGAACCGCCAUUACAAGCUGAACCCGACUCACGGAGAGCCCGCCCCCCCCGCUGACGGCGGCCAAUCACAGGAGCCGCCGGACGCCGAAGGGGACGAAGAGAAGAAGGAGGAGGACAGACCGGUUGCCACGGCAACAACCAGAGCAGACGGGGGCCCAGCUGCAGCCGUAGGACUCAGGGGCCUCCAUCAGCGGGGCCCCGGCCGGCCCCGAGGUCGAGGACGAGGCAGGGGGCGGGGCCGAGGGCGGGGCCGGCCGAUGGGACCGCCUCCCAAGGUGACGGUCGGCCUCAUCAGCAGGCGGGGUCGCCGCGGGAGACCUCCCAAGCUCAGUGUUACCAUGGCAACAGCAGAGCAGCAGGCGGAGAGGAGACGGGAACGACUGCAGGAGCUGGUGGAGCAGUGUGAGGAUGAGGAGCUGAUGGACGUCGUCCUUCCUCGUUUGACUAAAGUGUUGAGUCUGUGGGAGCUGCUUCUGGCCAAGGUGGAGCGGGGGGGUCCAGCUCGCACCCGUUUUCCAGACAUUUACCGUGAGUUUGAGUCCCUGCAGUCUCAGGUGAGACAGGCUGCUCAGGAUUACAUCAUCAGCCCACAGGGCGGCGCCAUGCCACUGGAGGUCAGAAACAUUGAGGUUGCGAGGUCCCUCGGGAUCCUGGACGAGGUGAACAGGAUGAAAGUGGUUCCUGGUGUGUCUCACAGCUCCGGUCUGACCAAUAAGAACGUCCGAUACAUGGAGAACUCGAAGAUGUUGCCGCCGUCCAAAAGAUUCAAGAUGGAGAACGGAGCAGGUCUUCUGACCCCCCAUCUGCAGUGA